AUGAUGGUCUCUGCUGAAGAGAAAAGAUGGAUUGUUGUGGGUGUUGCCAUGAACAAAGUUGCUGCUCCUGUUUUGCGGGUUGCUGUCACAAAUGGGAUGGAUACAAACUGUAGGGAUCUGGACAGACAUUGCCAAAGUUCAACACCACCGUCUAGCCUAAAAACAUUAAGCUACGGUACCGUCAGAGCGAAUCCAGUCAUAUUUAAGGACCUAAAAUUUCAAAAUAUCAACAACAAUAAUCUUGUGCGUGGUACAUGCAACUACAACUUCAACAUUAAUUCUUCCGUAGACUUAGCCAAGCUAUAUCUACCAGGUUAUCUGGCUCAGUUUUCAGCCUUCGAUGAGUCGUUGGACAUGACUGCCCUCCUUCGCCUGUUGGGAUUUAAGAACUACAUGCCUUCCACUGUGUUCUCCCUCCACACUCAAGCGUGCGCUGAUGAUGUCCGGGAAAAUGUCAGAAACAAAUGGGGCCAUGUUGAUGUAACCGAGUGGACAGAUGCCCUGUUCAAUGAUUGCUUUAUCAAGCUGGAGAAAUUGCUGAAGAGUCUGGGACUGACGGCUACAGUAGAGACGAAAGCAUUGGAGCAACUUGCUGAGUGGCAAACACAAGGU